ACAGUUCCAGCCGCGGACUCGCGUCGCAUUCGUCCACCGACCGUUUCUUCUCGCGGUGCGUGCACGGCGAGCGCGGGUAAUCCCGAGGCUUCGAUCCGAUUUGUAACACGUAAUAUACCGCCACCCUCGACCACCGCUCUGGUCUCCUCCCUGGUCCACCGAUCGCGGGUGAGUGCGUGUCCGGCCGGCGACGUGCGUUGGAGAACACAAUUGGAGAACGGGAGACCCGUCGAAGGAUCGAUCCUCUCGGCCGCGAUGGAGCCGAGCAAUACGGACGACGUGGCACCGGACAGGGUAGCCGAGACUUUCGCCGGCCAGAAGAUACUGGUGACCGGCGGCACGGGUUUCCUCGGAAAAGUGAUGAUCGAAAAGAUGCUGCGGUGCCUGCCCGACGUCGCGCAGAUCUACGUACUCAUCAGAACGAAGAAGGGCAAGGAUCCCAAGCACCGGCUCGACGAAAUAUUCAAUUCCCCGCUCUUCGAGAAAGUCAGGACAGAAAGGGGAUUGCCGGCACUUGACAAAGCGGUAACGGCCAUUAGCGGUGAUGUGACAUUGCCAGAUCUUGGAUUGUCACUGGAGGACAGGAAAAUGCUUAUUGAGAAUGUUACCAUCGUGUAUCACGCAGCGGCUACCGUCAGAUUCGAUGAGCUGUUGAAGAGAGCGGUGCUGCUAAAUACACGUGGCACAAAACUGAUGUUAGAUCUGGCCAAAGAAAUGAAGAAUUUACUUGUGUUCGUUUAUAUCAGCACGGCCUAUUGCCAUCUCGAAGAAAAAAUUUUGCGCGAGAGAACGUAUCCCCCGCCCGCGGAUCCUUACAAAGUGAUCAAAUGCGUCGAAUGGAUGGACGAUGAUGUGGUCGAAGCAAUGACAGACAAAAUCUUGGGCGAAGUGCCUAAUACGUACGCUUUCACGAAGGCCUUAUCGGAAAGUAUCGUCGAAGACAGUAUGCUGCAUAUUCCAUCGAUAAUUAUGAGGCCGAGCAUAGUUAUUCCCAUCUGGAAGGAGCCGUUGCCCGGUUGGACGGACAACAUCAACGGACCGACCGGCCUCCUGAUCGGUGCUGGAAAGGGAGUACUCAGAACGAUGUACUGCAACGAAAAUAGCUACGCCGAUUAUCUACCCGUCGAUAUCGCCGUCAAUGCCAUUCUCCUUGGCACGUGGAAUUAUAUUUAUCACAAGGACCACAAUAGAAGCGUCAUUAAUCUGACGAGUAGUUCCGAGUUCAAGGUCACCUGGGCGGAAAUAAUAAGCCGCGGCCGAAGAAUAAUAAAAAAGAUACCUCUGAACGGAGUCGUCUGGUACCCAGGUGGUAGCAUGAAGAAAUCGCGGCUCAUGCACAAUAUUUGUAUAGUGUUAUUUCACAUGAUCCCGGCUUAUAUCAUCGACGCGUUCAUCUUUCUGGCGGGAUAUAAACCGAUUAUGUGUCGCGUGCAUCGCCGCAUAAAUAAGGGAUUCGAAGUUUUUGAAUAUUACGCAAACCAUCAGUGGGACUUCGAAAACACGUAUGCCGGUUACAUAAGGGAAAAGCUCAACAGCACGGAAUACGACAAGUAUCGAGUUCACGGCAACGAUCUGGUCAUAGACGAUUACUUCGAGGAUUGCAUUCGAGCCGCCAGAAUUUACAUUUUAAACGAACCCCCGGAAACACUGCCGGCCGCUCGUCGACACUUGAGAACUAUGUACUGGGUGGACGUACUCGCGAAGAUACUCUUCUUCCUUUUUAUCAUCUACCUGCUAGCGUCCUGGAGCGAAAGCUUUAAAACGUUGCUCAUAACCGGCGCGACGUAUAUCGCAGAGUUAAUGAAUAUUUUGUAAUUUAAUCAAAUUGAGAGUGUUCUCAUUGACCACGAAAAAGCUUAUCUAAUUCGAUACAAUUAUAUUGAUCGUUCUACUAUUUAAUCUCAAGAACGAGUGGGGAUUAAGUAUAUAGCGGUACCUUGUAGUGCACGCUACAGCCUGUGCACUAGAUACAAAUAAAAAUUUAAAAAACCAUGCGAA